AUGACGGUCCGGUGCCCACCGGGCUGUGCCGAAGCCGGCUACCAGGUCUACGGAACACGGCUCUACAAACAGGACUCAAACAUCUGCGCGGCCGCUAUUCACUCGGGCGUCAUUGAGAACCCGAUCGGAGGAGAUGUGACUUUGCUGAAGAGACUGCCACAGAAAGCCUACAACGGCUCCACCUGUAGCGGAAUCCUCUCGAAAGUAUAUGUUAACAAAUUGGCUCCGUCUCCGUCUUACACUUUUGCUGACACGGAGCCGAGAUGCUUGGGACCUGAAUGGGAGGAGUUUGCGGACUUCUGCUACAAACGUUUUGAUGAUACAAAGAAGUGGCACGACGCUCAACACUUCUGCAGGCGUCUCGAUGCCAAUCUGGUGUCCAUUCGCUCCGAGGCUGAGCAGGAUUGGCUGCAGGACCUCUUGAAGUCUGCCCCCGGAGACACGUGGAACGGACUGAACGACCUGGUCGAUCUCGGCAGAUUCGUGUGGUCGGACCGUCGGAAGGUGACCUUCACCAACUGGGCUCCGGGAAAACCUACCGGCCUGAUGGAGAAUUGCGUGGCCACCUUGAGCCAGUCUGGCAAAUGGAAGAUGAUGUCCUGCAUGCAACUCAACGCCUACGUGUGUAAGAUGCCCACAGCGCGUUACGCGCGCGAUAUAAAAGACGCCAGUGGAAGUUGCGAGUAAUCAUAUGAAUGCAAUUGACCUUGCAUGAUCAUUCUGCUUGGUUUACCAUGCAUUUUGAUUGACUGAUUGAUUUACCAUGCAUUAAUAUGAUUGAUUAACCAUGCAUUAGUCGUCUUGUUAGAUUUACCAUGUGUUAUUAUUCUGUUGAAGUUACCAUGCAUUCUUCUUCUUCUUCUUGACUUAACAUGUGAUACUAUAAUUUACCAUGCAUUAUUAUUAUUUUGUUCAAUUUACCAUGCAUUAAUAUGAUUGAUUAACCAUGCAUUGGUCGUCUUGUUAGAUUUACCAUGUGUUAUUAUUCUGUUGAAGUUACCAUGCAUUCUUCUUCUUGACUUAACAUGUGAUAUUAUGAUUUACCAUGCAUUAUUAUUAUUUUGUUCAAUUUACCAUGCAUUCAUAUGGUUGAUUAACCAUGCAUUAGUCGUCUUGUUAGAUUUACCACGUGUUAUUAUUCUGUUUAAGUUACCAUGCAUUCUUCUUCUUCUUCUUGACUUAACAUGUGAUAUUAUGAUUUACCAUGCAAUAUUAUUAUUUUGUUCAAUUUACCAUGUUAUUAUUCUCUUAGAUUUACCAUGCAUUUUCAUAAUUGAUUUCUUAUAUUUCAUUUACUUAUUGUUAAAUUUACCAUGCAUUAUUAUUCCAUCUGUUGUUUUACCAUGUUUAAUUGACCCCCCCAAAAAACAAUAAAAUAAUAAAGACAA